CCCCAGCCAGUAAGCAGUAGCAUAGUUUGAAAAGACCAAGCAUGGGUAAGACACAAAAGAAGAAUAGUAAGGGUCGUUUAGAUAGGUACUAUUACCUUGCCAAAGAAAAGGGGUAUCGUGCCCGUUCGUCAUUUAAGAUAAUUCAAAUUAAUGAAAAGUAUGGACAUUUCUUAGAGAAAUCCAAAGUAGUUAUUGAUUUAUGUGCUGCACCAGGUUCAUGGUGUCAAGUUGCCAGUCAGUUAUGUCCAGUUAAUUCAUUAAUUAUUGGAGUGGAUAUUGUUCCUAUUAAACCAUUACCUAAUUGUAUUACAUUUCAAUCAGAUAUUACUACUGAAGAUUGUCGAUCUAAAUUAAGAGGUCAUAUGAAAACUUGGAAAGCCGAUACAGUUUUACAUGAUGGGGCACCAAAUGUUGGGUUAGGUUGGGUACAAGAUGCCUUUACACAAUCUCAAUUAACCUUACAAGCAUUAAAAUUAGCAGUAGAAAAUUUAACAGUAGGAGGAACAUUUGUUACUAAGAUUUUCAGAUCAAGAGAUUAUAAUAAUCUUAUGUGGGUAUUUCAACAAUUAUUUGAAAAAGUUGAAGCAACUAAACCUCCAGCAUCAAGAAAUGUUUCUGCCGAAAUCUUUGUAGUUUGUAAAGGAUUUAAAGCUCCUAAGAAAUUAGAUCCAAGAUUACUUGAUCCUAAAGAAGUAUUUGAAGAAUUAAGUACUACAAAUAAUGUUAAUAAUGAAGCUAAAAUUUUUAAUCCAGAAAAGAAAACAAGACAAAGACAAGGGUAUGAAGAAGGAGAUUAUUUAUUAUAUCAUGUAAUGGAUUUAAUAGAAUUUAUUAAAAAUGAAGAUCCAAUUAAUACUUUAGGAAAUUUAAAUAAAUUAUCUGAACCAUCAAAAGAUGAUCAUGAAUGGAAAAUAUUAAGAAAAUUAAAAUCUUGUACACCAGAAUUACUUGAAUGUAUAAAAGAUUUAAAAGUUUUAGGUAGAAAAGAAUUUAAAUUAAUUCUUAAAUUUAGAAAGAAUAGUCGAGAAAUUCUUGGAUUAGAUGAAAAGGAUGAAACUGGUGAACAAAUAGAAGUUGAACCAUUAACUGAAGAACAACAAAUUGAUAAAGAAUUACAAGAAUUAACUGAUAAACAAAAGCAAAAAUCUAAGAGAGAAAAGAAAAGAUCUAAUGAAUUAAAACAAAAGGAAAUUGUUAGAAAUCAAAUGAAUAUGUUAACUGAUAUGAAUAUUGGGUUAGAAGCAGCUCAAUUAGGAUCUGAAUCAUUAUUUAAUUUAAAGACUGCUGAAAAGACUGGUCAAAUAGAUCGAUUAGCUAAGGGAAAGAAGAGAAUGAUAUUUAAUGAUGAAGAAUUAGCUAAAGAUAAUGAUAUUCAUGUUGAUGAAGAAGAUAUUGAACAAGAGUCUGGAGAUGAAGCUGAUGCCUUAGAAGCUCAAUUGGAUGAUAUGUAUAAUCAUUAUCAAGAGAGAAAAGCUGAAAGAGAUGCCAAAUUCUUAGCCAAGAGAUUAAGAGGUGAUGCUGAUGAAGAAGCUUGGGAUGGUAUAAGGAGUGAUGAAGAAGAAGACGAUGAAGGUGAAGAAACUAAAGAUUAUGAAAUGGAUGAAGAUUCAGAUGACUCUGAUUCUGAUAAUGAUGAACAUAUCAGAUUAAUAACUGAAAGAAAAUCUAAAGAUGGAUUAUCUCGUGGUGCUAAGAUGUUUUUCCAAUCCGACUCUAUUUUCAAUGAAUUUGAUGAAGAAAGCUUAUUGAAUGAAAUGGUUGAUAAUACCAAAACAGCAGAUAAAGUCAGUAAUGGAAAUGGAAAUGGAAAUGGAAAUGGAAAUGGUACUAGUGCAUUUGAAGCGGAUUCAUCGGAUGCUGAAUCUGGUUCAGAUAGUGAUUUUGAAAUAGUUCCAGCUGAACGAGAAAUUAAUUAUGAAUCUGCUUCUGAUGAUGAAGAAGGUAAUCUUUCACAUAAAUAUUCUCGAGCUAAAUCUGAAAAGGAAAAAGUUGAUAUAGCUACAGUUGAAGCUAUGACUUUAGCUCAUAAAGUUGCAUUAGGACAAAUGAAUAAAUAUGAUUUAAUUGAUGAAGGGAUAAAUAGAUAUUCAUUCCGUGAUAAAGAAGGAUUACCCGAUUGGUUUCUUGAUGAUGAAAAGAAACAUUCUAAACUUAUUAAACCAAUUACUAAAGAAGCCGCAUUAGCCAUUAAAGAAAAGCAAAGACAAUUAAAUGCUAGACCAAUUAAGAAAGUCUUAGAAGCACAAGGACGUAAAAAGAUGAGAGCAUUAAGAAGAUUAGAGAAAUUAAAGAAGAAAUCUGAUUUAAUUAAUGAAGAUAGUGGGAAAUCAGAAAGAGAUAAAGCCGAAGAAAUUCAAAAAUUAAUGAAGAAAUUAACUAAGAAACAAAAGCAAAAGCCAAAGGUUACAUUAGUUGUUGCAGCUGGUUCUAAUAGAGGUUUGAGUGGUAGACCUAAGGGGGUUAAAGGUAAAUAUAAGAUGGUUGAUGGAGUUAUGAAGAAUGAGCAAAGGGCAUUAAAGAGAAUUGCCAAGAAGCAUAAGAAGUAGAUAUGUGUAUAGUGUAAAAUAGAUACUGGCAUUCAUUUCA